AUUGAUUUCCUUUCUGGGAUAAACAAACUUGUCUUUGGAAGUGCUCCCUCACCGUGACUGCUAGGAGACCCGCAUUGACCCCAUGUCGUCUAAAGAGGCAGACAGAAUUAGUGCUGCCCAGCAGACCCUUGACACCCUCUACGAGAUCUCCCAGCUGCUUAAUACACAGCUUGAUAAGGAGACGCUCGCGACAUGUGUGGGCAUGAUUGAGAGUGGUGUCAACCCAGAGGCCCUUGCAGCUGUUAUCCAGGAACUGCGUCGUGAAGCAGCUACCGCACAGAACGUACACUCUGACGUGCGUUGAAUUGUUAGUAUGAGCAUGCAAAAGUUCUCAUAUCCCGGAUGGCCGUCGGGUCCGAGUGCAUGUACCAGAUCUUUUUUUUAUCGCGGUUGUCAAUCAAGCAGAGUCUCCAGAGCAGUUGUGCCACAUAUAACCAAUUGAACUCGCCCUUCGAGUAGUCACAGGGCUUGAUAUGUAACUUUGACUUUGUUCUGAACCUACCUGUCUUGUAGACUUGCAAGAACACGUUUGAGCCAGUUUGAACUCA